AUGUCUUCAAAUCCUUCUAAGCCAAGCCUCAAAAGACCCGCUGAGUCAGAAAUCAACGAUGAAAAAGAUGACAGCCUGGACAAGGCGGAAGAAGGUUUUCGGAUAAAAACUCUUGAUGAAAUUCGACUAGAAAAACGAAGACGCCUUGAAAAAGAUGAUGCCUCCGGAGAGGAACGCAAUGGAUCACCAACUGACAAUUCGGGAACUGCUAGCCCAGUAGAUUCAGCCAGACGAGAUCGGAAGCCUUCCUCGAAACAAAGUUCUCCGGCGGUUCAGGGAACAGAAAGCGAAGUCAUUUACCAGCUUAGUCCUGAGCAAACUAGUUUGUCUUCAGGUAGGUAGAUCAGGUACAAAUGAUUACUUGUCUUCUAUCGUGGCCAACACACUUAACUAGCGCAAUCAGAUAAUGUUCAGUUUUGGGCAACCUUUUGACUGGGCUCUAACCCAAUUUUUCCAAUGUCGCCAUUUAGAGAGGUAAAGUUUCCAAAGCUCCCUCGAAGUAAAAGUCUAGUAUUAGCUGUCGCUCUUUUCUGCAGGCUCACUGGACCUCUCAAGGCUUGUUUCUUGGACAAGCUAGACGAAAGUAGGAAGUUUUCAAGACGGAUCAUUAAUUUAAUUUUUUGCAAACGUUUUACCUCCAGUUAUAUCAUGAACAUCAAUCAAUACAGGCGUAAAAACUUCGACUUGCUUUUGAUAUGCUGCUCUUCUCAGGUAGCCAGUUUGAAAACUUUGGUUGAACAUUUACUAGCCAAAUUUAUGUCUUCUCUCCAUGGGGACCCAAAAGAUUGCAGCCUACUUGCUGCUUGAAAACUGCUAUUCUUCCCCAGCCAUGUGAUUAUACACACACAUGUACCUGUAAACCCCGCCUGGAAAGUGAGAGGAAAUUCCUGCUCUGUAUGAGCCCUGUAAUAUGUAUUUCAAUCAUCAUUGUUACAAUUUCAGCAUCAUCACCAAGUAGAACUCCGAAAAAGUUGAAGCAACCCUCAUAUCAUGAUGGUGGAACCAGUGGGGUCCAGGUGAACAGGAGAAGGAAAACAGAAGAAGAAGAGGGUGAAAUUGUGAGCGACCCAUCUGAUUCUGAAAGUAGAAGGAGUGAGAGCAGAUCAAGAAGGUACUCAUCUAUUAGUAAUCCCGAGGUUGAAGAGAAACAUGAAGCCACAGAACAAAGAGGUAAAGGUAAGAAUACAGCAGUGGGCUCUCAAACCCUUUGACCCUUUAACUUCCAGAAGUGAUGAACAUGCAACUUCUCCCUAUAAUAUCCAUACACUAUUCAGCAAACAGAUAACGAGAAUUAUCAAACUUAUCAGGUGGAUUUGAUAUCUUGAUCUAACACCAAAUUCUUGUUACUAAUUUACAAGGUAAUGUGUAGCAGGGGGAAGAGAGAGUUAACAAUCAGUUCUCGGCAGUAAUAGGUUCAUGAUAAUUAAAAUGGUAUCAAUAAAUGAGUUUGAGGUCAUGUCGAUCGAUAUACUUUGCUUUAAUACACCAUCGGGUUUUUAAACUGUAACUCUUUUGGGUCUGUUUGGCUUCACAGCACUGUUGUUUAUAAUUAUUGUUAUUUGAAUUUAUCCAUGCAGAUGUAACACUAGAAAAGAAGACAGAUGAUUCAAGUGAAGAAGAGGAUUCUGAUGAAGAAGAAAGUGAAGAAGACACUGAGACGGCAACUGCCACCAAGAGAGUUCAGCAAGGGAGGAAGGAAAUGGCAGAGGGGAAGAAAGAAAGCAGUGUCUCUGAAUCUGGAAGUGAUAGUGAAGAGAGUAGCAGUGAUGAUGAUGACGAUGAUGGAGAUGAGAAGAUGGAGGAAGUAGUUUCCAAGAGUGAGCAAAAGGAAAGCAAAGUAAAGCAGCAGAGGGAACCUGCGUUAAAGAAAAGUGCACCAAAAGAGAUGGUUUCAAAAAAAAAUGAUGAUGAUGAUGAGGGUGAUGAAAGUUCUAGCGAAGAAGAGGACAGCAGUGAGGAGGAAAGUGAGGAAGAGGAGAGUGAAGAAGAUGAAAGUGAGAGUGACAGUUCAGAAGAAAGUGAACAAGAACAAGUAAACAAAGAAGUUGUGGAAAAGACUGAAACCAUGAAGACAGAGGAGUUUGAAACAGAAGAUCUCCAUAAGGAAUUGCAACAGCUUAAACGUAAAAGACCAGGUGAUGAGAGGCAUAGACAUAAACUGAAAACAGAGAGACAUCAUUAUGAAGAAAGAGAACACAGAGGAAAGGGACAAGGCUCCUCUGAUGCAAGGAGUGAUAAAGAAAGGGUCAGGGAGAAGGGAAAAGGCCAAGUAAAGUAUCAAGGUGAUACAGAAAGUCGACACUCACAAAGCAAAAGUAAAGGAAGAUCUUACGAGAAGGGAAGAUCUGAUCAGGUUGCAGUGGAUCUUAAACAUAAAGAAAGUCGCGAUAAGCACAGAUCAUACCCAAAGGAUAGCACUAAGCUGAAAUCAGAGAGACCAGAUGCAAGAGAAAAACAGUCUAAGAUGGAUGUGGAGAGAAGAAAAAAAGACAGAUCACGCAAGGACUCAGAGAAGCGUGUCAGGUCUUCUACUGAGGACUCUUUGAACCAUGAAACAAAAGGCAAAGAUAGGAAAAACUACAGUGGCAGCAAAAGGAGUAGUUCUGCUUCGGAGAAGAGUAACAAGGAAAGUAAAGAUGUUGAAGAAGAUGUUCCCCAAAAUGAACCAAAGAAAGAGGAAGGAAAGUCACUGAUCCUGACAGAUCGUGAAAGGAGACAGUUCACUAACGAAGUUGUUGACAUAGAAAGUGAGGGUAGCAGUGUGGAAGAUGAAAAACAAGGAGUUCCCUCAGAUGUUGAAAUGAAGCUUUCUGAUGGUGAACAAGAAGAUGAUGAGGAAGAGGAAAAAACCAAACUCCCCAUACUAUCCAGCUGUUCGUGGCUGUAGGAAUGUGGAGGAGUUUCAGUGGUUGAAUAGAAUUGAAGAGGGAACAUAUGGGGUUGUAUACAGAGCUAAAGACAAAAGAACAGGUUUGAUUCUUGUUGUGUUGUGGACCAUUAAAAAUGUGAUUUAUUAAACAAGUUAUCCCUCUUAGACACCAUUCCUUCCAUGUAUAAUUCACAAGACUGUUACUUAACAAAUAGAUUGCAUGUUGGUGUGCAUCUGUUCAGUAAUACAUGUAGAUCACAGGUGAAAUAAAAAUAUGGUAGGAACAAAAUACAGUAAGCAGCGCAUGAGACGCAGCUGAGUAUGUCACUGAUAUUCUUGUGACUGUUUGGCAUCUUCUUGUGAUCUACCGUGUAUUACAGACCCACAGCAACAUGGAAUUUAUAUGUUUAUACAUGUAUGAUAAAAAAGCAAGCUGUUGUUAACCCUUUAACCCCUAAGUGUGACUAGCAUCUAAUUUCUCCUCACAAUAUCACCCCUGAGUCACAGAUUAAGGUCAUGAGAAUAAAGAAAAUGAUCACCAACAAAAGAAGCUCUUGAUUGUUAAACAAAUUCUCCUUAUCAGCACCUUAGGAAAUGUAUAGAGAACAGUAUGGAGAAUAUGCACACUGAUGUUAGGGUGUAAAGGGUUAAUGGUGAUGUCAUCUAGACAUCUCUCUUCCAGUUGAUCAUAAGAAAGAACUAGUCAAAUACAUGUGUAAUUCAGCUAAUUAACUUCUUUCCCUAGAGGGAAUGCCAGUCCAGAAUUCUGUCAGGUUUCUCCAGCUUAGUUGUACCCAUUUCUACUCUUGUCUGGAGAGAGGAACUCUGAGAGUAAAAUGUCUUGCCUAAGAACACAACACAAUGACAUGCCCCCAUCUUGAAUUUCCAAACCUCUCAGUUUAUCUUUCAACAUGCUAAUGAUAGGCCAAUCUCAUACCCCAAGCAUUAAAAAGGUGAAGUCUGUACUUUAGCCAAGUGGCCCAUCCAGCCAGAGCUGAUCCCAGUUCCUAUAGCAUGAAGCAACGAGGAGUAUUUUAACUCCCCCCUGAAUGGAAUGCCAGUCCAUCAUAAGGUUACCCCUGAGCAUUUCUUCAAGCUUUCCUGGCAAUUCACUUGUGCCCAUUUACAUGUAUACUCCUGGGUGGAGAGAGGAACUCUGAGGUGAAAGUGUUUUGCACUAGAACACAACACAAUGACAAGCCCACAUCUCAAAUCUAGACCUUUCCAGUCAAGCCCACUGACCACAAAGCCACCAUGUCUCUUACCCCAAGAGUGUUAUAUCAAAAUUAGUAAACACCCUCUAGUGGAUGAAUGUCUUUCUGUUAUCACCUGUUUCAUUUAUUAAACCCCCCCUCCUCUUUAUAUCAACAGGUGAUAUAGUUGCAUUGAAGAAAUUGAAGAUGGAAAGAGAGAAGGAAGGAUUUCCAAUCACAUCGUUACGGGAAAUCAACACUCUUUUGAAAGCACAGCAUCCAAACAUUGUCACAGUUAGAGUAAGUGUACUGGUUAAUAUGCUUCCAUAUUUUUCUGUAGAAAAAUGUAUAUUGUUAUUAAGAAUGAAAAUAUGGGAUAUGCAAAAGGAAGAAGACUGAAAUGUUGAAAAGUGAACACAAUUACAAAAACCAAGGAAAUAUUACUUGUUAAUUUAUAUAAUUUGCUCUCUUUAAAUGCUUCUUUUUUCCUCUUUCUGUAGGAAAUUGUUGUAGGCAGCAAUAUGGACAAGAUAUACAUUGUAAUGGACUAUGUUGAACAUGAUCUAAAAGUUCUUAUGGAGCACAUGACACAGGGAUUCAGAAUAGGUAAGCUUUUUUUUUUGCAUUGAGUUGAAAAGAGGCACUGGAUGAGAUUUCAAAACAGGUCUAUCAACUUUUAAUUAAUGCUUUUAUUUCAGUCAGCAUUCAAUGUACAAUGUGUAAUACACAGUACAAAACUACAUUAUAAGUAACUUAACAUUGCGAUUUAGCAGUUGACAAAAAUGUCGUGAUGGAAAUUUGUUUAUUAUUAUUGCUGAAAUUACAGUCGAACCUUGGUUAUUGUGACUCAUAAGGACUGGGCUUAAUAGCCUCGCUAAUUGAGAGUCUGGAUAAAAAAAAAUAUGAAUAUAGAUGUUUGUAGACAAUGGGACUGGAGAAACAAGUCUGUGUAAUCGAAAACUCCAGGUAAUGGAGGUCGUUAUAAUGGAGGUGGAACUGUGUCAUUGUUAUUGUUAUAUUUGUCAUGAAUUUCUUAAAGAUUUUUGUGUGGCACAGGUUGGACUUUUCAUUUCUUCAUAACUCGUGACAAAAUUUUAAAGUCCCAUUGCCUUUAAACCUAAUUAACCUUGUCCUUGUUUCUGUACUCUAAAAUUUAUUACCCAUCACAUUAGAGGCCCUUUUUUUAAUCUUUGAUGUACAUGACUGUACAAAUGUAUGUAUUGGUACUUUAAAAAUAUCUAAUUAUGAAGAUUAAUUGUUAGACUGGCAAGAUAUGUAACGAGUAACACAAAUUUUCACAUAAUGAGUAAACUUUUUCUUUUUUCAUACAUUUAGGUGAAAUCAAAACUCUUAUGAUUCAACUUCUACGGGCUGUGGCUCAUCUCCAUGACAACUGGAUACUGCACAGGGAUCUAAAAGCCUCUAACUUACUGCUCAGUAAUAAGGGAAUCUUAAAGGUUUGUUAACACCAAAGAAUGCAAAACCAAAGAAAAGUUGUAAGGGAAACUGCAGUAAAAAAUGUUUAAAAUGGUAUAUGAAAUUAAUAGCAUUCAUAUACUUAAGUACUACAUGAUGCAGUAGUUUGUUGACGAGCUGGUAAAUCCGAGCAUUUAUUGUAGUGCACCUUCAUAUCCACUGUGGCGUUUGUAUCAAUUCUCUCUAGGUUGGUGAUUUUGGACUUGCAAGGGAGUAUGGUUCUCCACUGAAAAACUACACUCCUGUCGUGGUGACUCUGUGGUACAGAGCACCUGAACUCUUGUUAGGGACCAAGGUACUCUUUUCUCUUCUUGAUAUUCAACUUCACAGUGCAGUGCUUCAAGCUGCAAGUGUUUUUGUUGCUAUGGAAAGUUGAAAAAGAUUUUGGCAACUAAGUUUGCAGUGAAGUUUGCUUAUUUGGUGACUUAUCUUUGGCAGCGGGCUGCAACAUUUUAAAGACUUACAAAAUUAUGUAGUUUUUGUGGUCUUAUGUUGAAUUGAGAGGAAGAAAAGUUGCAUAAAAUAAAGAUUGCUUUAUAACUCUACUUCAUAAAGAUUUGCCCUUUUCUUCUUUGUUGUUGGAGUACAUUAUGCUUUUACAUGCAGAUGUUACAUCAACCUCCAAAACAGAGUUAGCCACAAUGCUAAUUUCAUAGCUAAGGUGUGGUCAGGAGAAUAGUGCAUCGCCCAAUGUUGUACAAAGUUUUGGGUUCUCUCUUGUGCUUCAGGACACACAAAUGUACCUAAUAGAGAAAUGAACUUGGAUACAAACAUGUAUCUCAAAAUAUUUUACUUUUUGUUCUAUUGUAGUUCAUUUAUUGAUGAGUGAAAUAUCAAAUAACAUUAAUUUUGUUCUUUGUGGUUUUGUUUUUAAGGAGUACUCCACCCCCAUAGAUCUUUGGUCGGUUGGUUGUAUAUUUGCAGAGUUAUUGACCAUGAAGCCAUUGUUUCCUGGCAAAUCUGAGAUAGACCAGAUCAACAGAAUAUUUAAAGUAAGACAACAUUAUUAUGAUCAUUAGUUGCUCUUUUCAAGACUGAUUAAAAUGAGUGUUUGAUCAUUUUUUUCCUUCUUAGGAGCUUGGCACACCAAGUGACAAAAUUUGGCCAGGUCCUCCGUCAUAUUCAGAGCUUCCAGCAGUACAGAAGGUACAUUUAUUACUAAUAACAGUUAUUAUAUUUUUACCUGAUCACUUAAACUCCAAGUUGUAACUCUUUUGAAUAACGAAAAAUUUUGUUUAAUUGGUAACUACAUUUGAAGCAUAUGUCACUCAGUUGGUAACCUCAGUACUCUGUGGUCAUGUGACAAGCUUCCCUUAUUGAUGGUCCAAAGGUAGACUGACAUGAAAAUUUAAUGCAUAAAAUAACAUUAUUUUAAGCUCCAUUUUUUUUCUUUUAAGAAAAUUUCUCCUUUCUCCAAAAACAAUUACUAGACAACUUUGUUUUUUGUUUGGUUUUUAUUUAACUUUCAUCUGGCUACUUCACUUCAAUUUUGGGUUUUCUAGUGACCAUUUUUGGUGAUUGCUUUCCACUGAAAAGCAGCAUCAGUUUUCAUUACUCUUUGGUCUGUCUUUUUCAUGGACAAGAACAGUUUUUCUAGAGCCACUUGGAUGUUAUAAAGAGUCUCAUUCUGAAUUUUCCAAACUUGGACAAAAGGAAGUUCUUAUAACUCAUUUAUUUAGUCUGUUAUUGAAUGUAUUUAAAUGUUUUUACUUUUAGAUGACCUUCACCGACUAUCCUUACAACAAUUUGAGAAACAGGUUUGGAGCUUACCUCACAGACAAAGGCUUUGAUUUGUUAAACAGGUGAAGCUUCAACUCCUAACAUUCACUUCAAAUUCUCCUUUACGGCUGCUUUCAUUUCCUUGUUAAUUUGUGGAGAGAAUUUGUUGUCAUGUUACGUAUAUUUAAAGGAAAACUUUCAAUCUUUUUCAAGGUUCUUGACAUAUGAUCCAGACAAAGAUAAAAGAAUUACAGCUGAGAAUGCUUUGAAGCAUGCAUAUUUCUCCGUAAGUGCAUACUUAUUUCAUAUUAUGGAUUACACUUUAGGAGAUAGCAUAUAAAGUGUAUCAGUUUCUGCUGUUACUCUAACCAUAAUUAUAGGUAAUUGAACCAAACAAGGAAAGAGAACAAUAUUUAUAAAAAUAUGAGUAAAGGAAAAAGGUCAGUUGUUUGAGAUCUAAGAAAACAAAGGUGAUUCCUUAUUGGUUGUGACUCAUGAGGGAGAAGCAUUCUGCCCCAAAAGCAUAAAUAUGAAUAUCCUCUGAAUCAUGGAAAGUCUACAAAGUCCUUUUUUCUUUGUGGCAGAGCUGUGUAUGCUCUCUCUGGUAACUUACCAAAAGCUUUCCAUUCUUGCCUUCUUCUGACAGCAAAGAUUUUUUCCUUUCCACUUCCUUUAGGAAUCUCCCCAACCUGUGGACCCCUCCAUGUUUCCAACAUGGCCAGCUAAGAGUGAAAUGGCAAAAAGGCCCAAGAGAAAAGAUGUAGAACACAGUCCCAAAGCCCCUGAGGGAGGGGCUAUGUUUGCCAAGCUGGUGAGUACCAGAGUUUAUUGAUUCUUUCUUACUGCAAUAGUAGUAGACAGUUCGGUUUCUUACUAAGGAAUUUGUCAUUUUUUAUGAAACAAGGCACAGAUUUGUGAUGUGCUGGUUUGAAGGACUGGUUGAUUAAGUGAUAGCUGGGAUAAGUUGAGUUAUUGAAAGAGAGCCGACAGUAAUUGACGGAUUUAUUUACUGAAAAACUGACUGAUGGAGUGACUGACUAGGUGGCUUUUAGUCUGUUCAACUGGCUGAUUCACUGACUUACUGAUUAACUGACCGUCUGAUUAACUGACUUUCUGAUUGACUGUCUGACUGACUGACUGACUAAACUACCUGCCUGUUGACAGAAUGAUUGAUUUAUGUAUUGAUUAACUGACUGUUUUUCUUACUGACCGAUGGACUGUCUCUUCACUGGCUGAUGGACUUCAGGACUGAUCAUCUGAUUUGCUGACUGAUUGAUUGAUCUACUGCCUGAUUGUGUGAUUGAUUGACUAAUUGACUGACUUAUCAUUUUCUAUAAUUUUUCUUGUUUAAUAACUUACUAUAGUAGCUGCACUUUUAUCUAUCUUUGUUGUGGUUCUUUUAAUCAUGAACAAAUCAUUUACAAGCUCUUACAGCAAAAAUGUUGCAGUGUCUGGUUCAAGUAAAACUUGAACCAGAGAUUGCUUAGGCUCCCAGUAUUUUAAUGAAUAUGAUUAUCUUUUAUUUAUUAUAAAUUUAUCUUUUUGUUUAUUUGUUCAUUUAGGCAGAUGAGGGUGACAGUGGUAGUGGUAGCUUGGGAUUCCGCAUGCCGACUUCUCAGAAGGGAUCUGCAGCAGUUGCUGGAUUCACUCUCAAGUUUUAG